GCUGGCUAUAAUUUGGCCCUGUGCAUAAAGAAUGGUAUCCAUUUGUCUAGAAUUUUGACCUGUGAGAGUUUGUGACCCAUGAUGUAAUUAACAUGGAGUAGGAUGUCGUGACCUAUAUGGUCCCCUUCAAAUUAAUGGAAUCCUUCAUGCACGGCCCCUUACCUAAUAUCUCACCGGUUUUUAUUAGUCGCCAUCGUCCACGCAUGAAGUUAGUUAAUAGAUAUUCACUCAUCUAUAUUCUCUGGACGUUGUGGUGCUCUCACCUGUGUGGAAAAUAGGUUGAAGUUUUAAAAAAGAAGUUUCAAAUCAAAAUACCUAAAUACGAUUUAAUUUUCUGCAAAAAAAACAUGCACUUUAAAUUGUCACUGGUACUCAUAAUCUUGAUCGGAACAAGUCUAAACCUUAGCCAUGGAGCAAAUAUCAUGUUUUAUUUCGGAUUGUCUUCAUACUCGCACCGAAUCAUUGCCUGGCCUCUCGUCGAAAGUCUUGCGGCACGAGGUCACAACGUGACCUUUGUGUCGCCCUUUCCCUCCAAGACGCCAAAUCCCACCGGAGUGACGGACUACGUCCCUAAAUCGAUGGUCCCCUGGCUGGUUUUCGACGAAAAGGCACCAUUUUUCAAAGACCGUGUGGCAGGAAGGAUUGAGUGGAACUGGUUUACGCUCUUGGAUCAUGGCAUAAAUCUUUGCACCACGAUUUUCAACGACACAGAUUUUGUCGACUUUGUGAAAAAUACUAAAUUCGACAUGGUUGUCGUUGACGGGUCAGCGAACGAAUGCGCGUACGGUUGGACGUUUCUUCACGGUUCGAAACUCGUGUGGUUUAACACGGCAAAUCCGUUCCCUUGGUAUAUAGACACGAUCGGCUUUCCCGACGAGGCCUCCUGGAUUCCUGACCAGAUUUUCCACCCAUCUCCGCCAGGAUCACUAUCUUUUUGGGGACGCUUCCAGAGUGUCUUCACUCCUCUUUACUUCACCUUUCUCCGUGAAAAUUACUACUUUCCUGCCUUGGAGAAAAUCUUUCGGGAAAAACUCGCCCCUGAUUUCCCAUCCGCGUCAGAUUUUGAAAAAUCCACCAGCCUCGUUUUGGCCAAUACUCAUUACGGAGAAGACUUUGCGAGACCACUCCCACCCAACGUGGUCUCAGUGGGGGGCAUGCACUGCGCCGAGAAGACGAAACCGCUCCCCAAGGAAAUUUCUGACUUUCUCUCCACCCCUUCCGGCGAGAAGGACGAGGGUUUCAUCUACAUGAGUUUUGGAUCAUGUGUAGAGAUUGCAAACUUUCCUCCCUACAUUCAAAACGAGAUUGUCAAUACUUUCAGAAAAUUGAAGAAUAUUAAAAUUCUGUGGAAAAUGGAUAUCGCCGAACCCCUCAAGGGCCUCCCUGCCCACAUCUACACCGCAAAGUGGAUGCCCCAACAGGACAUUUUAGCCCACCCUAAAAUCAGAGCAUUUAUCACACACGCUGGUCUGCUCGGAAUUCAGGAAGCAAUCUGCAACGGCGUACCACUCAUCUCGUUCCCCAUAUUCGCCGAGCAGGACUACAACGCCAACAAAUUAGAAUGGCGCAAGGUCGGCGUGAAAUUAGAAAUCACCACAAUCACGGAGGACAAAUUUACAACGGCAAUUAGACGCGUUUUAGACGACAAAGAAUUUUCCACCAAUAUGAAACGACUAUCGACAAUUUUUCGCGACCGUCCAGCCCGUCCAGUCGACACUGCGGUUUGGUGGACAGAGUACGCUUUACGCCACGAUGAUGCCAUGCACCUGCGCCCCCAAUCGGUCCACCUUCCAUGGUGGAAAAAACGCCAGCUCGACGUUUGGGGCACCAUCUUUCUAGCUAUUCUUUUAAUGUACAAAUUAAUCUGCCUCCUACUUAAAGCAAUUUUUAAACUUUUUUCCAAAUUCAGUAGUGGAAAGGAUAAGAAGAAAUCCAAGCUAAAAUCAUCCUGAUUUAUAUGCAAUGGAAGUUAUAAAUUAUCAAAUUUUAUUGAAUUUUGGAUGACGAUGAUGUUUAAAAAUUAUUAAUAAGAAAAGGGUCCGUAUAUGAUUUUGAGUAAAUGCAAAAUAAUUUACUUCAAAUUUCACGUGACAAAAUUAAUUCACUUGCAAAUGUGCAAGUGAAUUUAUUUUUCGCAUGAGAAAUUAUUGUUUCAUACUUUUCUACCAGUCACGAACCAAUUAAAGCCAUUAAUUUAAAGGAUUAAUAAUAAAAAAUGUACGAGUUAACAUUUGCGAUUAACCUAAAAGGUUAAAUUUUUCCCAUUUGAAUGAUUUUCACGUCGUUUCAACAGAUCGUUAACAAUUGACAGUCUAAACAGUAAUUAAGAUCCACC